AUGGAACCUGUCCUGGGGACCAUUUGGGCGAGAGAACUUUCGGCUGAGCGUAAAGCCUUCUUAGCACAAUCGCGCAUUCCGGAGAUCAUCAUCUGCAAUGUGGUGUUGCUCGUGUUUGCAACUGGGGGCAUGCUGGUGCGAUUGUUCGUCCGAAUUCGAUAUCUCACAGGGAUCAAUGUCGAUGAUAUGAUCUGUAUAGCCAGUUGGGCUUUCACCUUUGUUCUGUGCUUCACUGCAAUGUUAAUGACUAAAUAUGGAUUCGGCAAGCACAUCGGAACAGUAUCAAACUUCAGCGACCGCGCUAUGUUUCUCAAGCUCGACUUCGUCACUAUGGUCGCCUAUGUUCUUGCCCUCGGGACAAUUAAAAUGUCAUUUUGCCUACUUUACCUUCACAUCUUCCCAGGAAAUAAGUUCCGGGCCUGCUGUUGGUGGCUUUUAGCGAUUAUCGUGGCUCAAACAAUUUCGGAGACUCUUGUCGUCCUUUUCCAAUGCACCCCUGUUCACAAGGCUUGGGAUGCCACAGGUCUCGUCGAGGGUACAUGUGUCGACAUGAACACAUUCUAUUACGCCAAUUUCGCGGUGAAAUUGGCCAGUGAUCUGGCUUUAUUUACCCUGCCCAUUCCAAAGGUAGUGCAGCUCAGGAUGUCAGUGGGAAAGCGGAUAGGCUUGGUCGUGAUGUUUAGUCUAGGUCUCCUUGUAUGCAUGACAAGUAUCAUCCGGAUCAGCUAUCUGAACUCCUUCAAAGUUGAUCACACUUGGUCGAUGGUCAAUGCUAUGAACUGGUCAUGUGUGGAAGUCGCCGUCGCCAUAUUUAUUGCCUGCAUCCCUUCAUUCAACACCUUGAUCACUCAUCGCUUCCCCAAGCUACAGCGUCUGUUAGGUCUUCCUAGCAGCAAGGAAGACAAAACAAGCGCGUCGACGACAUAUCGUAGUUCGAGUCGUCGAACAUAUAACAGUCUAUCCUUUGAAGCCCGAAACGGACUAAAACUAAGUCCAAUUAUGGGAGAGAGUCGUGUGGAUGUAAUAACUACUCCCAACGGAUCUCAGGAGCGCAUCAUGCAUGCCGGAAUCCAGGUGACUACCGAUGUUAGCGUCAAUGACAAGAGUGUCUGA